UCAUUUCAGUCCGCACUUGUUUUGGAUAUGGCUAAAAUUCUGCUCGACAACUACUGCUUCCCGGAGAAUCUCAUUGGGAUGCAGGAGGCAAUCCAACAAGCUAUAAACAGCGGAGAGAUCCUUCACAUCUCUGAUCGGAAAACACUGGCAUCUGUACUGACUGCUGGCGUUCAAGGUGCACUCAAUGACCCCAGACUGACCGUGUCUUACGAGCCUAAUUAUACUCCGAUCACGCCACCUGCAUUGCACUCGCUGCCUACUGAACAGCUGAUACGGCUAAUCAGGAGUACUGUUAAACUGGAGGUGAUGGAUAAUAAUAUCGGUUACCUGAGGAUUGACCGGAUUAUAGGUCAGGAGACUGUGGUAAAACUGGGACGCCUCCUUCACGAUAACAUCUGGAAGAAGGUUGCACAUACGUCAGCGAUGAUCUUUGAUUUGCGCUUCAGCACUGCAGGAGAGCUUUCCGGUCUGCCAUAUAUCGUGUCCUAUUUUUCAGAUUCUGAUCCACUUUUGCAUAUUGACACAAUUUAUGAAAGACCCACUAAUAUUACGAGGGAAAUAUGGACAAUGCCAACUCUCCUGGGGGAGCGAUUUGGGAAACGAAGGGAAAUUAUUGUUUUAAUCAGCAAGCGCACGAUUGGCGCUGCUGAAGCGGUUGCUUAUAUCUUGAAACAUCUAAAACGAGCUGUGAUUAUUGGAGAAAGGUCGGCCGGGGGGUCGGUUAGGGUUGAAAAGUUAAAGAUCGGGGACUCUGGGUUUUAUAUUACGGUCCCUGUUGCUAGAUCUGUGAACCCUGUUACGGGACAAAGCUGGGAGGUGAGUGGAGUGUCGCCAUCAGUCGCCAUCAACCCAAAGGAAAGCAUUGCUAAAGCUAAAUCUCUCAUUUCUGUCAGGAAGACAGUACCAAAAGCAGUUAGAAGAGUGUCUGAUAUAAUUAAGCGAUAUUAUUCGUUUAAAGAUAAAAUCCCAGCUUUGCUAAACCAACUCGCCAAAGCAGACUUUUUUACAGUGGUCUCUGAGGAGGAUUUGGCGGGAAAACUUAAUCAUGAGCUGCAGUCAGUCUUUGAAGACCCUCGGUUGCUUAUUAAAGCAACGCAAGUAUUGACAGACAACGAUGCAUCUUCUGAAGAGCGUUCAUCUUUGGAUGAUCUCACUGAUCCAUUAUUCAAGUUAGAAAUAAUUUCCGGAAACAAUGGAUAUCUGCGCUUUGACAGGUUCCCUACGCCUGCAGUUUUGUUAAGACUGGAAGAUCAAAUCAAAAAGAAAAUAUGGCAACCAGUCCAAGAGACAGAGAAUCUUAUUAUUGAUUUACGCUAUAACACCGGUGGAUCCACCAAGGCCUUGCCGAUUUUGCUUUCCUACAUGUUCGACACAUCACCAAGUACUUUCCUCUUUUCAAUUUACGACAAUCAAAACACGACCAUCGAUGUUCACACCCUCAAUAACAUCAGUGGACCGUCCUAUGGCUCCACAAAGGGUGUUUAUGUUUUAACAAGCUAUUAUACAGCAGAAGCAGGAGAGGAGUUUGCUUACCUAAUGCAGUCCUUGCACAGAGGAACCGUUAUUGGGGAAAUCACCUCAGGAAUGCUCCUACACUCCAAGACUUUUCAGAUUGAACAAGCAAGCCUUGCCAUUACAGUCCCAAUAAUAAAUUUCAUUGAUAUAAAUGGGGAAUGUUGGCUUGGAGGUGGCGUAGUUCCUGACGCUAUCGUGCUUGCUGAAGAAGCACUCGAGCAAGCUCAUGAAAUCAUUGCAUUUCACAAGAAUAUUCAGGAAUUGGUGCAAGAAGCUGGAGAUCUGUUGGAAAAACAUUACAGCGUGCCUGAGGUUGCAACUAAAGUGAGUAGACUGUUACAGUCUAAACUAACUGAGGGACUGUACCGCUCUGUUGUUGACUAUGAAUCUCUUGCAUCUCAGCUCACUUCAGAUCUCCAAGAGACCUCGGGUGAUCAGAGACUGCAUAUUUUUUACUGUGAUACCGAGCUGGAAACUCUUCAUGAUACUCCUAAAAUCCCUUCCCCUCAAGAGGCAGGGUUCAUCAUUGAUGCCUUGUUCAAAGUAGAUGUGAUGUCUGGAAAUAUUGGUUAUUUGAGAUUCGACAUGAUGGAAGACAUAAAGGUUCUGCAAGCAAUUAAUCCCGAGUUCCUCAAAGUCAUAUGGAACAAGCUGGUGAACACAGACAUGCUCAUAAUUGACAUGAGAUAUAACACCGGCGGAUACUCUACAGCUAUUCCACUACUUUGCACCUAUUUUUUUGAUGCACAACCGCUGACACACAUUUACACCAUUUUUGAUCGCUCCACAGCAACUGUGACCAAAGUUACGACUCUUCCAGAUGUGCUAGGACAGAAGUACAGCUCUCAGAAAGAUGUUUAUAUUUUGACAAGUCACAUAACUGGAUCAGCCGCUGAGGCAUUUACUAGAACAAUGAAAGACCUGAAAAGGGCCACUGUAAUCGGAGAGCCCACAAUCGGAGGUGCUCUCUCGAGUGGAACUUACCAAAUUGGGAAUAGCAUCCUUUAUGCUUCCAUUCCCAACCAGGCAGUUCUGAAUGCAGUUACGGGAAAACCGUGGAACAUUUCAGGAGUUGAGCCACAUAUAGUAGCUCAAGCAAGUGAUGCACUUACUGUUGCACAGAAAAUAAUAGCCGCAAAACAACAAAAGAAAAAUACAGGACAAUAG